AUGGAAGUGAUGGAAGGACCCCUCAACCUGGCUCAUCAACAGAGCAGACGAGCAGAUCGUUUAUUAGCUGCGGGGAAAUACGAGGAGGCUAUUUCUUGUCACAAAAAGGCUACAGCAUAUCUUUCUGAAGCCAUGAAGCUAACACAAUCUGAACAGGCUCAUUUAUCACUGGAACUGCAAAGGGAUAGCCACAUGAAACAGCUCCUCCUCAUUCAGGAGAGGUGGAAGCGGGCGAAGCGGGAGGAGAGGUUGAAAGCACAGCAGAGCACAGACAAGGAUGCCGCUGCCCAUCUUCAGGCAUCGCACAAGCCCUCUGCUGAGGAGGCAGAAGGCCACAGCCUCCUCUUCUCUCAGAACUACAGCCCUUCCACGGAGAAACACCUGCCUGAAAUUCAGAGGGUCUUUGACAGGGAUCCAGACACACUGCUAUUUUUACUUCAGCAAAAGAGUGAGCCAACAGAACCAUGCAUUGGAAGCAAAGCCCCGAAAGAUGAUAAAACCAUUAUAGAAGAGCAGGCAACCAAAAUUGCAGAUUUGAAGAGGCAUGUGGAAUUCCUUAUGGCUGAGAAUGAGAAAUUAAGGAAAGAAAACAAACAACUCAAGGCUGAAAAGGCCAGACUUCUAAAAGGCCCAGUAGAAAAGGAGCUGGAUGUAGAUGCUGAUUUUGUAGAAAAGUCAGAGUUAUGGAGCUUGCCGCCACAGUCAGAAACUGCUACAGCCUCUUCAACCUGGCAGAAAUUUUCAGCAAGUACUGGGAAAGCCAAGGAUAUUCCAAUACCCAAUCUUCCUCCCUUGGAUUUUCCUUCUCCAGAACUGCCCCUUAUGGAACUCUCUGAGGAUAUUCUGAAAGGACUUAUGAAUAAUUAA